GACGGACGACAGUGGGACGGACAGACAGCGGGACAGCUGGGCGGAUCGAUGGACAGCGUGAUGUGGGGGGGAACGUGAGCAUCGGGACGGCCUCAGUACCGCCGGAUCCGGCCUCGCCUGCGGACGGAGCCAGCGCCGCCGUCACCAUGGGCAACAUCUUUGGGAACCUGCUGAAGAGCCUGAUCGGGAAGAAGGAGAUGCGGAUCCUGAUGGUGGGGCUGGACGCCGCCGGGAAGACCACCAUCCUCUACAAGCUGAAGCUGGGGGAGAUCGUCACCACCAUCCCCACCAUAGGGUUUAACGUGGAGACAGUGGAGUACAAGAAUAUCAGCUUCACCGUGUGGGACGUGGGUGGGCAGGACAAGAUCCGGCCCCUCUGGCGGCAUUACUUCCAAAACACCCAGGGGCUGAUCUUCGUGGUGGACAGCAAUGACCGGGAGCGGGUGAACGAGGCGCGGGAGGAGCUCAUGCGGAUGCUGGCGGAGGACGAGCUGCGGGACGCCGUCCUCCUCGUCUUUGCUAACAAGCAGGACCUGCCCAACGCCAUGAACGCGGCGGAGAUCACGGACAAGCUGGGGCUGCACUCCCUGCGCCACCGUAACUGGUACAUCCAGGCCACCUGUGCCACCAGUGGGGACGGGCUCUACGAGGGCCUCGACUGGCUCGCCAACCAGCUCAAGAACAAGAAGUGAGCGGGCGGCCGCCGGCCCCGGCCCCCUCCCCGCGCCCCCGGCCCCCCCCCGGGGCCGUGCCAGGCCCCCCCCGGCCGCCCCCUCCCCGCCCCGGUUGGGUUUUGCUUUCUUCUGGCACCGGUUGCUGUGGGGUUUUUCGCCUUUUUUGGGGUCUCUUCGGUUCCCCUCGGAUCUCGUGUGUGCGUGCGUGGAAAUAUAGCUAUAUAUAACGUAUCUGGGGGGGCAGGGGCAGAGCCCCGGGGAGUGGGACGGGGGCUGGGGGCCACCUCGGUGCUGCCCUGCCUGGGGGGGGCCAUGCCGGGGUACCCUGUCCCUGUGCAUGUCCCCGCACCCCUCACCUUCCUCUGGACCAAAUGUGGGGGCAGCGGGGCCGCGGGGGGCAUUUGGGACCAUACACACACACACACACACACCCCAGCACCCCCUCCCGGCCCCACGUGUCCCCCAGGGGUCCCACACGUCCCCGGCCCCCCCCAUGUCACUUCGAGGCAGGUCUCCUCCCCGCAGCGUGACCCCCACGGCAGGGGGGUGGGGCAUGGGGCUACCGGGACCCCUACAGUCCCCUGGCCAUGCCCUCCCCCCAACCCUGGCCACCUGCACCCCAACCCUGUGCCAGCAUAGUGAUUGUAUGUCCCUGCCCCUCACGGAUGGACGGACGGACAGCCCCGUACUGUACCCCUCCCUCGGCACCGUAUUUAUACCCCCGGUCUGUGCUUGGUGUGACGUGUCGCUGCGGCUCUGCCCCGUCUGGGGACGUGUGUACUUACCCCACCCCCCCCUCACGCCUGAGACGGUGGGUGACCCCCGGCCCCCCCUUGGAUAUUAAACAUGUUUUAUGUA